AUGGCCAAGACCAACAGGCCCCCUCUCUCUCCACAGGCCCACAGAGGUGCCGCCAUGGGGCUCAAGCUGUCCUGCCUGAAAGGCUUUAAAAUGUGUGGCAGCAGCGGCGGGAGCAGCCGUGACGAGGCCCCCGUCCUGAGCGACAAGCACCUGGAUGUACCCAACAUCAUCAUCACGCCCCCGACCCCCACGGGCAUGAUGCUGCCGCGGGACUCCGGGCAGACAGUAUGGCUGGAGGAGACGGGGUCGUCCCCAGAGGAUGGAGAGAUAGACCCCGAGGCCUGAGGAGGAGGCACAGGUCGGAGAGUGUCCUCACGCCCCGCUCCAGCCGCCCCAAUCCACAUGUCCCUGGGGCCGUGGCUGCCUGGGACCGAUGCGCCGAGCCCACUGGACACUGGAUGGGAGAAUGAGGGAUUCAGGAGCCCGACCGGUUGCGAGGUGGCAAAUAGAGCACGGAAUCCGCUGGCCCCAGGGCCAUGUUUCCCAGGCCCCGCUGAGCGGACCAGACCAGACCCUUCACGCCGUGCGGUCAUGGCAGCGGCUGCCCCGGGGGGCGGGGAGAGGCUUUCUUCUGGACAGAGUCCCCUCCCUGAGCCCUGGGCCACACCGACGGGUGUGCAUGAGGCCAACACACACAAGAACUUGCCGAGCGGCCGCUCCAUUUUUUACACGUUGUUUCACAGACUUCCAAGCCGUACAGAAGGUGAUUCGUAAUUCCUUUCUUGCGUUACGAAUAAAGGUCGUCUGUCACCAUCA